UGUGCAGCAGGGGUGUGUGUGUGUGUUUUCUCCCUCUCUCUCUCUCUGCAGUCUUUUUCAUGCCUGUCACUCUCUUCUGUUGGGACUGUUGGGAAGCUUUACAGUAGAGGAGCUGCUAAACAUCAGGUACACACUAUUUUUACACAGGUGCUGGUCUGAUCAUGGCCUCCAAACUGAGCGUGCUGCUGCUGUUAUUGGCCGUCGCCACGGUUACGGUGCUGGCCCAGAGGCGGCGUCCAUCGACGACGACCACCGAGGAGUGGAACUACAGGGAUGGCUCUGAGAGGGUGAGCACGCGCGGCGUGGCUAACCUGACUCAGGUUCUGGACAACUGGAGGUUCGACAUCCUGAACCAGAUGAGAGGACUCCUGCAGAACGACCACCAGUCUCUGCUGCCCGACUACGCCAGGAUCCAGCCGCUGUCUGAGGCUUUAGACGACCUCUACAAAGAGUUCAACGCCCUCAAAGCUCACCUGGGCGACCUGACCGAGAAGUUCGCCGCCAUCGAAACUUUCAUUGACGAGGUCAAAGCCGCCCGCGCCAACAACGCCAACGCCAACGCCGGCCGGCCGCCGCCGGCUCCAGCUGGUGUCCCCAGACAGCCCAUCAGGAGGGUGAUGAAGAAGAAGGCCACCGCCACCUCCAACUAACCAGCCAAUGACGAGCCUCUUCUCCUGUUCUCUUCCUCUCAGGCUCUGUGUCUCUGACACUGAUCCUCUUUGAUCAUUAUUAUCAUGUUAUAUGAGAUGUACAUGUUGGACCUUUCAGAGCUUUUUCUCAGUGCUUAUUAUUCAUGAAACCAUACACAGGAAUUAGUGAACUGUGAUGGAGGGAAAACUCCAAAUUAGCCAUGAAAUUUGAUCAGUCAUCAACAUUCGUCUGCAGAUAUCGACUCAGAUCUCCUUCACCUGUUUACUAAACAGCAUGCACCUCAUUUGACAGUUUUGGACACAGAUUGGUGAGAUGUGUUCUUGGUAGACAGACAGACAGGUGAGACGCCACGUGACUGAACAUGACUGUAAACGUACAUUUAGAAUGGUUUUGUCAUGUGUCAGUGAUUUUAAAUCGUUUCUCGUUUCCUUCUGUUGCUGUGGUGAGUUCGGCUGAAUGUCUCAGUCAGGUCUGAGCUGUUUCCUCUGCAUGCUCACUGUUGGUUUGGGUUCAAGGUUUACUGCUGCCUUUUAUAUACGCUCCAAAUAAACGCUUUUUGCAUUCA